UUCACUCCCAGCAGCAAGCUCUCUCUCUCUUGCGCACACUCCCCAAUCCUUCAAACCCUACCAUCCACAGAAACAACAAUGGCAGACGGACUUGUUCUCCGCGGCACCAUGCGAGCCCACACGGACUCCGUCACAGCCAUCGCAACCCCAAUCGACAACUCCGACAUGAUUGUAACCGCCUCACGCGACAAGUCCAUCAUCCUCUGGCACCUCACCAAGGAGGGGGGCACCUACGGCGUCCCCCGCCGCAGGCUCACCGGUCAUUCUCACUUCGUUCAGGACGUCGUUCUCUCUUCCGACGGCCAGUUCGCUCUCUCCGGCUCCUGGGAUGGCGAGCUCCGCCUCUGGGACCUCGCGGCCGGAAAGUCCGCUCGCCGAUUCGUCGGACACACAAAGGACGUUAUGUCUGUUGCGUUCUCGGUUGAUAACCGUCAGAUCGUGUCGGCGUCUCGUGACCGCACGAUUAAGUUGUGGAACACUCUUGGCGAGUGCAAAUACACGAUCCAGGACGGUGAUGCGCAUUCCGAUUGGGUUUCUUGCGUUAGGUUUAGCCCUAACACUGUGCACCCUACCAUUGUUUCUGCGUCUUGGGACAGGACUGUGAAAGUUUGGAACCUGACCAAUUGCAAGCUGAGAAACACUCUUGCUGGUCAUUCUGGUUAUGUGAACACAGUUGCUGUUUCACCUGAUGGUUCCCUGUGUGCCAGUGGUGGCAAAGAUGGAGUAAUUUUACUGUGGGAUUUGGCUGAAGGGAAGAAGCUCUACUCCCUUGAUGCUGGUGCUAUCAUCCAUGCUCUGUGCUUUAGUCCUAAUAGGUACUGGCUAUGCGCUGCUACUGAACAGAGCAUUAAGAUCUGGGAUUUGGAGAGUAAGAGCAUUGUGGAAGACUUGAAGGUUGAUCUCAAGACCGAAGCUGAUGCCGCCACCGGUGGGAACGCCAACAAGAAGAAGGUGAUCUACUGCACCAGCUUGAACUGGAGUGCAGAUGGAAGCACAUUGUUCAGUGGUUACACUGAUGGUGUGGUCAGAGUUUGGGGAAUCGGACGGUUUUAGAAAAAAGGCUUCAAAUUAAUUUUGCGAUGCACAUCUGUUUUUAUUUUUGAGACAGCUAGUUACUCAUAGAACUCACCAGAAAAAUGUUCUCUAGGUUGUUUAUUGUUGAAUAUUUUUGGGUUAUUUCUUUUUUUUUAAUUUUAUUUUUGUAUUUUUGAAGUCUCAAGAUAAUGACGUUGGGCGGUUGGGCGGCCUUUAAUUAAUGUCACGUUGUCCUGGUUA